UCGUUCUCUGGUCAUUGUGGCACUCUUAAAUCAUAUUUUUGGCCCUCUUUGCACGCAGUUCUCGCGAGAAUACGUGUUCGCCUUAAAGCAAACCCCAGUGAUGUUUAGGGGGUAAUUUCGCGGGAAUCGUAUGUUUUUGCUCGCUGACAAGAAACCAGACCAGCGUUAUCAGAAAAUAUAGCUUAUAACCUGAUUUAAGACAAGUUAUACCGAAGCUCCACUUUACCUCUGUAAAGGACAGUCAUGUUCUCCGACCUGAGCGCCCAAACGGAGGGCUCCUCUCUGCUCUGCCGCCCUGCCUCCGAGGACCAGGGCCCGGUGUUUGAGAGGAUGUCGCUGUCUUACAGUCUCUGCUCGGAUCAAUUCGGAGUCGGGGAGAGGAGUUUUAGUCGCCAGUAUGCCCACAUUUACGCAACACGACUCAUGCAGAUGAGGCCGUUGCUGUCAGAGAGAGCCCAGCAGAAGUGGGGAUCAAAUGUGCUCAUCAGGAAGCUGUGUGAUCUCCAGACAGGGGAGCAGUGUUGCAUUGUGGGAACCUUGUUUAAACGUAUGGACUUGCAGCCAUCUAUUCUGAGAGAGAUCAGCGACGAGCACAACUUACUGCCCCAGCCUGCAAGAGCCAAAUACAUCAGUGAGACAGACGAGCUCAUUCUGGAGGACGAGCUGCAAAGGAUCAAACUGGAGGGCAAAAUUGACAGAGACAAGUGUGUCACAGGUAGCGUUAUUGCAAUAUAUGGAGCCGAGAGGAACGAUGGGAAGUUCACAGUUGAGGACUUUUGCAUGGCCGAUCUUCCUCUGCAGACACCAAGGCCUGCACUCAGCUCUGACAGGUUUGUGCUCCUGGCCUCUGGACUUGGUCUUGGCAGUAGUAAUGCUGACAGCAUGCUGGGGCUACAGUUGCUAAUUGACAUGGUGACCGGGCAACUCGGCGAUCAGGGGGAGCAGAGCGGGGCAGCGACCAUUUCCAGGGUUCUACUGGCUGGAAACCUGCUUAGCCAGAGCACCCAGGACAAGGAUGCCUCGACAAAGCCCAAGUACCUCACCAAGAAGACUCAGGCUGGUAGUGUGGAGGCCAUUCGUCUGCUGGAUGAGCUGCUGCUUCAGCUCGUGGCCUCACUUCCAGUGGAUGUAAUGCCAGGCCAGUAUGACCCCACCAACUACACCCUCCCACAGCAGCCCCUCCAUCGCUGUAUGUUCCCCCUGUCCUCAGUGUACCCCACACUACAGUUGUCCUCCAAUCCAUACAUAGCUAACAUUGAUGGAGUGAGGUUCUUGGGCACAUCAGGUCAGAAUGUCAGUGACAUUCAGAAGUACAGCAGCAUGGACAGUCACCUGGAAAUACUGGAGGAGACGCUACGACUCAGACACCUGGCACCCACAGCGCCUGAUACACUCGGUUGUUACCCAUUUUACCAAAAAGACCCUUUCAUCUUGGAGGAGUGUCCCCACGUUUACUUCAGCGGCAGCGCUCCGACUUUUGAUUCCAAGCUCAUUAAGGGUCCUGAUGGCCAGGAGGUCCUUUUGGUCUCUAUUCCAGAGUUCAGUAGCACCCAGACAGCCUGCCUGAUCAAUUUACGUACUCUUGAGUGUGAGCCCGUCAGCUUCUCAGCUUUCUCUGCUGACGAGGAUGAGGAAAGUGAGAUGAACAUCAGCCACUGAUGGUCCACAUUUACACACAACUCCAGUCCACAUAUACACAUUCAGACUAAUUUCUAGUGAUCACAGACUCAUCACAUCAACAUUGGGCUGAUAAUCACAUUCCUUGUUACACUGCUAUCCAAUGUCAUGAGGAUCAAAGAAUUAUUGUUAAACAGAAAUCAGUAUUCACGAAGCUGCUAAAAAAAACAAAGACAAGAACGGUGUAUUAACAAGCGUUUAUUUGAAAAAUAACUCUUCUACCCUGACGUGUCUGAGGAAACCUGACAGAAGAUUCUUUCCCUCUGACUCUGCUACCAGCUUUGAACAAAUGCUUUUUAAAACCUUUAGUGACUGUUUAUACUGUAAAAAUAUGUCUGCCAUGGAUGAAGACAGUGUAAAUAAUUAAACUCUGGUGAAGUAAAAAAA